UAUACGAAAGGUGCCUUGAAAGGUAAAUGUAUUGGCCUUUGCUUAUGGUGUGUUAUGUUAUCAUGAGCUUUAGGCUGUUAUAAGGUGAAGAAUAAUUUACUAUUGGAUAUUCUGUACUGUGGACAUUUAUGAAAUACAUCAGUUCUUGAUAAGACAUUGGUUCCUACUGACAAUGAUGUUGGCGUUCCACCUAGCAGUGGUGUUGGUGCACACCGCAGCGCUUGCCGCAGCUGCUGGGACUAGUUCUAAUGCCGAAAGCGAGUUGUCCCUCACGGCUGUUUCAGGACUCAAUCCAGAGGAGACGAGUCGAUUUGUUCUGCAGUGUGACGCGACAACAGAAGGCUCCCAAACUGUGGGGAUUAUCAGAGGCAGUCAACAGGUUUCAUGGAACGGCCAGCUGACGUCUGAUUUCGUCAGGUCUGGGACCCCGCAUCGGUUCACUUUGGCACGCUACGUGCCGAGAGAGGGUAAGACGAUAGAUCUUCUCACGAUCGACACCAUAUGCGCAACUGACGAAGGAACUUACACGUGUAACAUAUACGACAAGUCCGAUACAGAUGUCAGUGCUUCGUCGUACGUAGUCGUGAAGUCGAGCAGUGUGGACAUAUCUGUUGGAAGGUAUGAUAGUAGCGACCUUUGUCAGAAGAAUGGUAAAGUAACUGCCCUCAAUGGCGACAAUCCUAACAUGGUUUGUUCGUGGAGAUCCGAAAGAGCCUCUCUCAGCUGGACGGACGGUAGAACUGGUUUGCCCGUUGCUUCUGUGAAGACCGUGGCACAGGGCGUUUCAUCUGCCAAAAUCAACCCAGCAGUCACGGACGUUCUGGAAGGAGCAACAUUCCAGUGUUCGGCAUCUGUUAAUGUAUGCAGCUCUACUGAGGUCCGUACCUGCACUGUUGGACCCAUUACUGUUGCCAACGAACCCAGAAUAAUCGUAUCUUCCGUAAAAACUCAUUUCGAGGCUGGGGAAAUGGCCACGUUCAUCUGCACGAUGGUACCGUCCGUAACGAGCAGUUCCCCGGUGGUGAACUGGCACACCGUCCCCCCACUGGGAGCCAACCGGGCGUAUUUCUCAUCAACGGGUGUGGCACGGAUGCGCUUGAUGCAGAUAUCCGAGGAAGAUGACGGCAUGGUCAUUCAUUGCACAACGUACGGCAGAUACUCCGCAACCGGGGAGUACACGGUAGUCGUAUCGUCGAAUUUCACGGGAACUAAUGCAAUAUUCGAUCCAACAGUGGACACGGUGCAGACAACACCCGGAAGCUUCCCGUGGAAUACAACGACAACACCGGGUGGUUUACCGGAGGAGAAUACAACAUCACCAACGUCCACACAGCCCUUCAUCCUGUUCGGCUCGUACCCGAUUACUAUAGCUAUCAUCAGCGGUGGCUCAGUCUUUGCAGCUCUUCUCCUUGCCCUCGUUGUCUUUUGCUGCUGCCGUGAACGAAGAAGGCACAAGGCGAAGCCAUUGCCACCAAACAAUCGACAACUCCGGCUGUCACCGAGCACCUUCGGGAGCGGCACCCCGGAACACAGCGUCCCAGGCGGGGGGACCGACGGCCAUUACAUGUACGCCACGAUCUUCGAUCCGGACGAGCAAUGGGGAGCGACGCCUGGUUCCACGCCGUCCAGAGCAACGACGGUCAGAGCGGAUGAGGUUGCAGGCUACCAGCAACCGAAGGGCGGGGCAUCGACAUCGACCCCACCCGUGUACUCCCAGGUCGGAGCACCGACCUUCGACUCCACCCCGUUAUACCAGGAGACCAGUUUAACCUCGCCUAACAAUUCGGCCAAGUACUUUGAAAUAUCUCCCCCGGAUGGUAUGGUCGGGAAUGCCCUUUACCAAUCGUCGGGUGAGUAUGUUGAUCCCGAGGUAACGAACCAGGCGACGGUGGACAAGGCACUGCCGUCGAUCAGAGCGGAGAAACGGCAGGCAGCAAAGAGCAGAUACGCCCCCACUAGUCCUAAUUCUUCGGGUUAUCUUGCAAUCGGCGAGGUACCUGACGCAGUUCGCUACGGGAGUUCAAGAGACAUGAAUGCCAAAUCGGCUGUUUAUAUGGAGAUCACCAGUUAAAGUGCCGUGAACUUUUAUUUCCAGCUGAACUACCACUUGAAGCAACAAUGGCGUUUGAACACUUUUGGUAAUUGUCAAAGAACAGUAUUCUCACUUGAUGUAUCCCAACAUGAUGCAUAAAAUAACAGGGGUGGAUUUCACAAAGAGUUAGGACUAGGCUUAGCUGAGUUUGGACCAGUUACUCGUCCUAACUGAGAACUUUCCACGCAAUUUGUAUAUAAUCUCAAAGGACUAGUCCUAAGUUAGGACUUGUCCUAACUUUUUGUGAAAUCAACCCCUGAUCUGUGAAAAUUUGGCCUCAA